AUGUCGCGGAGGAAACAAGCGAAGCCGCAACACUUCCAGUCGGACCCUCUUCUGCCGCUACCCGAGCACAAUGUGGAUCCAGAACUUUGCUCUGAGGAAGCCCAACUCAAGGACGCCGAUGUUCACAGUGCCUUGGAUAUUCACUAUCGAAGCCAUACCAAAGAAAGACCUUUUAUUUGCACGGCUUGCAACCGGGGUUUCUCAACUAAGGGCAACCUCAAACAACACAUGCUCACCCAUCAAAUGAGAGACCUGCCGUCACAGCUCUUCGAACCAUCCAACACUAACCUCUCGUCCAGCCCAACCCCUUCUCUUCUCUCUGUGGGGCCGCUCAGCAAACCUGAGUUGAACGGCUUCCUCCACGGCCUCCACCCAGAGAGCAAGGACUUGGCCCCGACUAUGAUCACAUCUUCAGCCUCCACCUCCCCUGUGCUGUCUGCUCCCCCUCCACGCAGAACACCCAAACAGCACUUCUGCAACGCCUGUGGGAAGUGCUUCUCAUCCUCCAGCGCUCUGCAGAUCCACGAGAGGACACACACCGGGGAGAAGCCGUUUGCCUGCAGUAUUUGUGGACGUGCUUUCACCACCAAAGGAAAUCUCAAGGUUCACAUGGGCACUCACAUGUGGAACAGUGCUCCUGCCAGACGGGGCCGCCGGCUCUCUGUGGAUGGGCCCAUGGCCUUCCUGGGAACCAAUCCGGUCAAGUUUCCUGAACUUUUUCAGAAAGACAUGGCACCAAGAGUUGGCAAUGGAGACCAUGCCAGUUUUUGGAACCAAUAUGCUGCAGCAUUUUCAAAUGGCCUCGCCAUGAAAACAAAUGAAAUCUCUGUUAUUCAGAAUGGAGGACUACCACCUAUGUCAGGCGUUAUAGGAAAUGGUGGUAGCUCUCCAAUUGGUGGAAUGACUGGCAGCUUAGACAAGCUGCACAGCACAGAGCCCAAUGCUGCUCUUGCCGGGCUUGAGAAAAUGGCAAACACAGAGAACGGAUCUGACCAUUUGAAGCGGGCGUCACCGCAUGCGCCUCCGCGAUCCUCCGCUGCUCUCCCGCAGCUCUCCCGCAGCCGCCUAAGGCCGCUCAUGAACGGGCACCGACGGGCACAGAUCAGGCGGGAGACAUGGCGAGCAAGGGCGUUUAAAGUGGCUCCCAGCAGUGACGCCAAAGCCAAUGGCUGCUCCGCGCACACGCACUCCGCUGCUCAUCCUUGA